AUGGCCAUGGGCCAAGUCAGAUCUUGUGGUGAACACUGUCGCCCUGAGAUGCGAGAUGUGCGGCGAGACCCAGGGAACUGCUUGCCCGGUGGCUGCUCGCCGGGCGGCGAGACAGCGAGGUCCGUUCAAGGUAGAGCGAUUGAAGCGAUUCAGGACAAGCAGUUCCCAGGGUCUCGCCGCACUGAAGCGAUUCAGGACGUGCUAGCUCGCCAGUCAGGCAGCCACGACGAGGUCCCCGCGAUGGGAUCCGGUCAUUGCCGGAACCACGGAAAGGCGGGCGAACACAAGGCGUUCGUGGAAAUGCCACGCAGCCUUGGUUCAGAAAGGACAGUUCACGAGGAAGGAUCAAGGGCUAAAAACCGUCCAAUAUGUAAGAGGAUCAAAGACAAGGUCUCUCAGGCAGCUCAGACUGUUCGCCAUAACAAGAAGACCUGCCAGCAGCUAGUCCACCAUGUGCAGAUAAUCGGUGACCUCCUGAAAAAGCUGCAGACUCCGGAGAUGAUGCAACAUCCAGAGACUAGGAACGGUCUUAAUGAGCUUGAGGAGAUUCUUCGUGAGGCAUACAUGCUUGUCACAUCCUGCCAAAACAACAACUACAUAUACCACCUGUUCACAGGCAAGAAGCAGGCAGAUCAGUUCCGCAUUCUGCAGAAUAGGAUGAACUCGUGUCUCCAAAUUUUCCCACUCAUCAGUCACAUUGACACCACAGGCCGCCUGGACAAAAUUCUUGAAAUCAUACGGCCUCCAUGCUCACAGGUUGUAAGAGAUGUGCCAAGACUGCUUCCAGGUUGCUCAUCUUGUGACACCAGGACUGAAGCGUAUGGUAAAGUUAAAAGGUGCUCCCUCCAAUUGAAUUGCGCAGAGGCACUCAAGUUCAGUUUGUCCCAGUUGGUUGAUGCUACAAACAACUUCUCUGACAGGAAUCUAAUUGGCAAAGGUAGCUUUGGCUGUGUUUACAAGGGUCAACUGCAUGAUGGACUUGAGGUUGCUGUCAAAAGAUGUUUUGAGUUACCUUCUUCACCUAAUCAACUGGAUGUCCAAGAUUAUGAAUUUCAAAAUGAGAUUUGCUUUCUUCCAAGGCUUCAGCAUACCAAUAUAAUUAAGCUUUUGGGAGACACUAUGCAGGAAAGGGAGAGGAUUUUGGUCUAUGAAUAUAUGUCAAAUGGAAGCCUCGACUCCUUCAUCUUUGGUGCAAGGACAAGAAGGUUGCAUCUGGACUGGCCUACACGCUUUCAGAUAAUUAAAGGAAUAGCUGAAGGGAUGCUUUAUCUUCAUAAGCUUUGUGGACUACAUAUUAUACAUGGAGAUUUAAAGCCAAGUAACAUUCUCUUGGAUACCAACAUGAAGCCCAAGAUUUCUGAUUUUGGCUUAUCUAGAACAUAUAAUCCGGGAGUAGAUGAAGAGUUUGCUGACCGCAUAGUGGGCUCAAUUGGUUUUACUGCCCCUGAAUGUCGGGAAAGACGUGUUUUCUCCAUCAAGUCUGAUGUAUAUGGCUUCGGAGCAUUGCUUCUCGAGAUAAUAAGUAGACAACGGUGCUUUUCACUUGCAAGUGGAGAAUCUGGCGAUGAUCAUGGAUUUCUGAAUAAGAGGGCGUGGCAGUUAUGGAGAGCAGGCAGUUUGAUCAAGUUUGUUGAUUCACCCCCAGGCAACGAAUCUGAGAGGAUGGAGAUACUAAGGUGCAUCCAGCUAGCACUGCUGUGCGUGGAAGAGAACCCUGCAAACCGGCCCACCAUGCAGGAGGUUGUUCUGAUGUUAAGCAGCCACAUUUUUGCGCUAGCCACACCUCAGCAUCCAGCUUACCUCCGGGGCUGCUGA